AUGGAGCAACAAAAGUUCCUCGAGCUGCUGAAAAGCAUACAAAUUCCUGACACAAAUGGAGUAAAGGCUGCCACCGCAGAGCUACGAAAAACUUAUUAUCCCCACCCAGAGGCUCUCCUUUGGCUCCUACAAAUCCUCACGUCUCACGAUGCCCCCGAGGUCAGGCAACAAGCUGCCGUCGAAGCCCUUCGUCUAGUCCCAAAACACUGGGCUGCCCUUCCAGCAGGCCAGAAGCCAGCGAUUCGCGACCAGCUCCUUCAGUCGACGAUGAAUGAGCAGAAGGCAAUCGUCAGACACUCUUCCGCUCGCGUUAUUGCCGCUAUCGCCAAAAUCGAUCUCGAAGAUGGAGAAUGGGCCCCUCUUCCCGGUCUUCUCGCGCAAGCUUCGACCUCCAAGGAGGUCAUACACCGUGAGGUCGGCAUUUACAUUCUCUUCACUUUGCUGGAGGUUGCUGGUGAUAUGUUUGAGGACAAAUUGUCCAAUCUUUUUACACUCUUUGGAAAUACUCUCAAAGACCCAGAGAGCUCCGAGGUUAGGAUCAACACCCUGCUUUGUCUCAGCAGAGUAGCUAUGUUGAUUCAACCUGAAGAGGAUCCAGAGAACCUGGCCCGCUUUGUUGAGGUUCUACCAAAUAUGGUUGCUGUUCUAAAGGGCGCCGUGGAUGAGGACGACGAGGAGCGAGUUAUGCAGGCGUUCGAGGUCUUCCAGACAUUACUUGGAUGCGAAACUGCUCUUUUGAGUUCUCACUUCAAGGAUCUCUUGACAUUCAUGAUCGACCUUGCUGUCAACAAAGAUAUUGCCCAAGAAUCCAGGAAUCAAGCUCUCUCUUUCUUGAUGCAGGCUGCGAGAUAUCGCAAGAUGAAAAUCCAGGGCACCAAAGACAUGGGCGAAACUCUCACACUCAAGUGUAUGCAGAUUGCUACAGAAAUUACUGAUGAAGACGAUGAAGACGACGAGGUCAACCCUCAUAGGUCCGCAUUAGGCCUCUUAGAUCUUUUGGCCAGCAGUUUACCGCCUCGACAAGUCAUCGUCCCACUUCUUAACGUCUUGCCUUCUUACAUUAAUAAUGAAGACCCUGCAUAUCGUCAAGCUGGUAUUCUCGCACUUGGGAUGUGUGUCGAAGGUGCGCCCGAUUUCAUUGGCACUCAAAUAGACACUUUGAUGCCAGGUGUUAUGAGACUUUUGAAUGAUCCUGUCAGUGGUGUUCGCAACGCUGCUUUGACUGGGGUUGCUAGAUUAGCGGAUGACCUCGCUGAGGACUUGUCCAAAUUUCACGCUGAGCUUAUCCCAGCUUUGCUCAAGAACCUUGAUUCCGCCAGCGUCCAAGCAUCCACCGAGGCCGAACAAGAAAAGAACCUCAAGAUCCUGAAAGCUGCUUGUGGCGCGUUGGAUUCUGUCACAGAUGGUCUUGAAAAGGACAUUAUGGCUACAUACCUACCAGAGCUUAUCCCUCGACUAGGCCGAUUGUUUGGCCAUGAAGAUCUCACUGUCAAAGCAAGUGCUGCAGGUGCAAUGGGAUCCAUCGCUGGAUCAGCCGAGGAUGCAUUCUUGCCUUACUUUGAGCAGACCAUGAAGGCGCUCUCAGAGUAUGUCACUAUCAAAGAUAGCCAAGAGGAGCUGGAUCUCCGUGCCACUGUUUGUGAUUCCAUGGGCAACAUGGCACAAGCUGUUGGCGGUCAAGCUUUCCAACAAUAUGUCCAGCCUUUAAUGCAAGCUAGUGAAGAAGGGCUUCACCUAGGCCACCCUCGCUUAAGGGAGACGAGCUACAUCCUGUGGAGUACACUGGCGAAAGUAUACGAGGAAGAAUUCACGCCAUUCUUGGAUGGCGUCGUCAAAGGCCUCAUGGAGAGUCUGAAUCAGGAAGAGUCUGAUCUCGAAGUUGAAUUGGGCGAGGAGGCACAGGAUCUUCUGGGCAAGGAAGUUAUCGUCGCUGGCAAAAAGAUCAAGGUUGCGUCUGCAAGCGAUGCACCAGAUGACCUCGAUGAGAUGGAAGACGAUGACGAUGAGGAUUGGGAUGAUUUGGAGGCGGUCACAGCCGUGGCAUUUGAGAAGGAAAUUGCGAUUGAGGUACUUGGCGAUGUUCUUUCUCACACCCGAAAGAACUUUGUUCCUUACUUCGAGAAGGCAAUUGAGACCAUUAUGGGAUUGGUUGAGCACAGUUACGAGGGUGUCAGAAAGACAGCCAUUGGUACCCUGUGGCGUGCAUAUGCAUGCCUUUGGGCCUUGAUGGAGGAUCACACCGGCGAGAAGUGGGCUCCUGGCUUGCCUCUGAAAUCUCAACCAUCAGAAGAGGUCCUCAAGCUUGGGGAGGUUGUUACUGUCGCCACUUUGUCUCUGUGGGAGGACGAGACUGACCGGUAA